AUGGUUUUCCCGAAAUUUGGUCAUCACAACGAUAAAAAGUCAUCAUCAAGUCCAUCUUUGGAUCAUGUGGCUGCUGAAGCCGAGUCCUGUCGGCCAAUCGAGCUUUUCAUCGAUAUUGAAUCCCCUCCUUGUGUCUUAUACGGUGCUGCGACAGAGUCAACAGGGUCAUUAUUGAGUGGGCUGUUGACAUUGCGGGUGAAGAGCCCGAUCGAUCCGAGCCUAUCCAGUGACUCUUUAACUGCGACAACCUCAGCUUCUGGGAAGAAAAAUGCUUUAGCUGGGUUGAACACAUCUCUUUCACAAACCUUUUCUCAUCUCUCAUUGUCAAACCACGCAAUUUCCCCCGUGACAUCUGCUGUAAAUUUAAAGACCCACGGUCAAACGUACAGCAAAAUCUCUGUAAAAACGGUUACUUUGUCUUUGAUUCAGAAAACGCGCUAUAAAAAGCCUUUCCAGCCUUCAAUUCCCGCUGCACAGUCUUGCAUGAACUGUCAGUUGAAAACAACAGAGCUGGCAAGGUGGGAUAUUGUCACUAAAGAGACGGACAUCCCUAUUGGUGACCAUGCGUACCCUUUUUCGUAUCUUAUUCCUGGCUCUAUACCUGCAUCGGUUCAUUUGGGUUCUUCAGCUCAAACACAGAUCACUUACGAAUUAGUGGCGGUUUCGUCGUACAAACCAGCGGAAAAGACUGCAGCCAAACUAAAUGGUUCGAAAUUACUUCAAUUAAGGCUUCCAGUAACGAUCACAAGAAGUAUACUGCGUGGCCCAGAUAGGAACUCAUUGAGAGUUUUUCCCCCAACAGAUCUUACUGCCAGCUGUGUGUUGCCCAACGUAAUCUACCCCAAAUCAACUUUCCCUCUCGAGCUUAAAGUGGAUGGCGUGUCAUCUGAAGAUAGGAGAUGGAGAAUGCGUAGACUGAACUGGAGAAUAGAGGAAAAAGCUAGAGUUAGAUUGAGUGCUUGUGAAAUGCACAAGAGCAAAUUGAAGCAACUUGAGAAGGAAACCAAGAAAGCUGAAUCGCAGAAAGGAAAAAACAAAACUAAACCGGUUAAAAGAUCACAAGACGCAGGUCCUCUUGUAACUACCUCAGUUUCAACUAUUGAUGAUGUUAUACAGCUAACAAAUCCUGUUGAUGACCCCGAAAAUCAGAAUCAGGAAGAAACAAUUACAGAAGACAACCCUGAUAACCCAGAUAGUUUUAUUCACCCAAGUGAUGAUGCAAUGCGACAGGCAAUCACAGCUGAGCAGCAGCGUUUGAGGCAGCAACGAUUACAAGAAGAAGUUGAGCAUGAGUCAGCUUUGUUCACAGAAGAAGUGCGUACUAUUGCAAGUGGUAAUGUUAAGAGUGGGUGGAAAAGUGAUUUUGGUGGUAGAGGUAAGAUUGAGUUGGUUACGGACAUCAAUUGUAUGGGAUUGAACUCUGGGGUGACUAACCCUAUUAAUCGUGCUUCUAGUUUGAGGCCUUUUCAUGACUUGAAUAAACAACCUAUUACGGUAGCUUGCGAUAUUGAAGAUCCUCACCUGGGGAUAUAUGUGCAGCACCUGCUAAUUUUAGAAAUUAUUGUUGCAGAAGAGGCUCUUCAAUACGCCAAUGGCCAGCCUAUUCAUAGGCGUAGCUCCACAAAUUUGAGCUCUCAGUUGUCAGCUACUUCUAGUAAUGGAAACACCGAUCAGAGACUCGCGGAACUAUCUCCGAUGUUUGCUGCCCGCAAUCCAACGCCUCAAUCUGUGGCAGUUGAUGCAAUUUCCCAAAAUCAAUCCGGACUUGCUCCCGUCAAUUCCCGUGGCAGCUCCAAUGGCAGUACUCGAAUAGUCGGUGUACCUACAGGUGCGGCCAGGGUCCUGAGAAUGCAGUACAGGAUUGCUAUCACCGAACGGUCAGGACUAGGUAUAUCCUGGGAUGACGAGGUGCCGCCAACCUAUCAAGAUGUGAGACUUUUAUCGCCUCCCAGCUAUGACGUCGCGACCAGUGCUUCAGGAACUCCCUUGAUGCAGCCUUCCCUAGAAUUAGAUAGCACUGUUCACUUGGAUAGUGAGCUGCGGCAAGAACUGGGCCGAAACUUAGCAAGCAAUAGUAGCAGUGAUCUUUACCUCCCUGCUCGGCCACCUCAAGCUCAUUCGCAUGAGAAUUCAUUUCAUGGAUUAUCGGCGCUGCAAUCACCUCAGCUAGAAAGCAUUGUUAGUAUCCAGGGAAAUACCGGAAGCGAACAUCUUCUGACUCCUCAAAAUACUCACGAAAUUCGGCUGCCUAAUGUAUCUGAGUUAAUGGAUACUGAUAGAAUCACACAGUAG